GUCAAAUGUCAAAACAGAGCGGAGAGCUUACAGCCUCUGAAUGGAAAUCUAACACGGCUUUUAAUCACAGAGUGAAAUGGAGGUGACGGAGGAGGAGCGGAGGCAGGUGGAGGAGCAGGUGGAGUGGAUGAUGAGCGGUCAGGGCUGUGAUGUGACUCUGUGUGACGUUGGUCUGGAGCAGAGCAAGCCUGCGACUCUGAGGAAGAACGUCACCUACAUCGUCGCUGCUGUCAUCUUUAAUGAGAAGGAGGAGGUGCUGAUGGUGCAGGAGGCCAAACAGGACUGUUACAAGCAGUGGUACCUUCCUGCAGGGAGGAUGGAGGUGGGGGAGAGCCUGGUGGAGGCGCUGAGGAGAGAGGUGAAGGAGGAGGCCGGCCUCGAGUGUGAGCCAAUCACCUUGUUGCUGAUCCAAGAGCAGGGACCACAGUGGAUCCGCUUCAUCUUCCUAGCCAGAGUCACAGGUGGGACGUUGAAGAGUCUGUCAGCAGCAGAUCAGGAGUCUCUCCAGGCCUCAUGGUGGGACAGACAGUCCGCUCUCACUCUGAGGGGACGGGACAUCCUCCGACUCAUUGAAUGUGGACUCAAGUACCAUCAGACACCCUGGCAUCCUGUCACAUUACCUAUGGAUAUGAGCUGCCGCCAUGUGGUGCAGAGACUCGUCCUGGUUUUUACCCAUAAUGAUGCGAAGAUCUGGGUCCUGGUCAUCAAAGCCCCCACGCCCCACCUCCCCACAGCAGCGGCGGUAAAAACCCACGCAGUGACCUGGGCGGCCAACAUGGUGGUGCAGGAAGCCAUGCCGAAAGCGUACUAUGACCACGACGUCAACACACUGGGCGUCUUCAGUCUGCAGCACAACGGCCGGCAGCACGGGAAGACGGACGGCGUGUGUUUCAACACGCUGGUGGCUCUGGUGCCCGACUACGUCCAACGCGACGAGGAUGGAGAGAAAAUAGAGUGGAAGCUGACGGGAAAACCUCCACCUGUAGAAAACUCUCGAUACGUGUGGUGUGAAGUCCGGAAAAUACCACUGAAAGAGAAACUGCUGGAAAUGACCAAAAACACAUCGAUCUUACCCAUCCACAGCCUGUACUGACCAAAUAAUGUUUCUGCAUCCCUCACAAAGAGGACUUUUAUUGUGAAAAGAAGAUAAUAACUGUAUACUUUAUGAAAGCUUUUAUUCUGAAAUAAUUUAUUUAUCAACAAGAGUGUUUGAAGAGUUUAAAUGUAAUCAAAAAGCAAUAAAUCUUAACAUUUAUGUCUGACUGUAUAAGAAAUGUCACUUUAGAAUGCUUUGGAUGGAAACUUAAAAACUAAUUCUGUGAGACCGUCUGAUCUGGAGCUGUAAACCUAGUUAGUUAGCCUAGCUUAGCCUAAAGGUGACAUAUGUUUAGACUUCAACUUAAGCCUCAAAGUUAUAUUUCAAACUCAGCAAACUGAUCAGCUGGUAGCACUACUAGCAUGCAGAAAAGCUUUAUUUACAUCUUAAGUAAAGAAGUCAUGGAAUUUUUAACAA